AUGUCCUUCACUGAAGCCUUUGAUCCCAACGCUUCGAGUGCAAUUGUUCGCAAUGUCUUCGUAGGUGAUGUUCUGGGACCUCCUUUCCAGGCAGCCUUAGAUAAGGCAUUGGAACAGCUGUGGAAGCAUGGCCACAUUCCCACGUCUACACAAAAGGUUUUGGUCGAGGGAUUGCGUGUGUUCAUUUCGUCUGUUUCUAGAAUAGCCGCUGGACGUGCCAAACAAUUGUUCGACGAGGAUCAUGAGAUCGCUCAGCUAAUAAGACAGCAUGGCCUCUUCGAGGAACUCCCCGUCGAUGAUAUCUCCGACAGUUUCUCCAGCUUCAAGAAAAUCGAUUUGAGCAAGGGGUUCACCGACCCAUUCUCACAGGUGGAUGAUUUGAGUGAUGUGACUGCCUUUCCGUCUGAUACACCUUUGUCCUCUGAGCCGUCUGAAAAGAAGGAUCAGUCGUUCAAACCGGCCCCAAAAAUAAAAGAUGGAGAUGAUUUCUCGAUUGUGGCUUCCGUCAUGGCUGUUUACGCUCAGGUUUUUAGAGAGGUGACUACCAUCUUCGACAACAAUAAAGUCGACAUUCUUCCUCUCUUAUUCCUGGAUAACAGAGAUGAGUCCAAUUUUGGUGAAGAACACUUCCAUGUCUUUCUUGCCUACUUAAACGUGUUCUAUUGUGAGAUUCUUGAUCAGAAUGACCGCUCUCGUUUCGGCCAUAUUGACUCUUCUGUUCUGCUCAUGUACGACAUCGUAGCUACUCUAGUUCGUCUCAUGGCAGUCGAGCGCUACGUAAGCUCUCAACAGGGAGCUAAGGCAAAAGCAUUAUUCAGACUCUUCUACAAAACUGAUUUCUCGGCUACUCUCGAAGCUGUCAUUGCGACAACUACGCCAUUGAAUUGGCAAGGCUAUCUGGCUGAGGAUCUACUGAAAUGCAGCCAUAAUGAUAACACUUUACUGAUUCCUCAAAUAGAGUACAAGACGCUUUUGAGGCUAUAUGCUCUAUUCUCGAUCUUUUCGAGCUGUCCUGCCACCAUUCACACUCAACAGAAGGAUUUGUAUAUUCUCGACAUGAGCGGUGGAAACGAACAGAGUUCUAAUCCAUACAAAGACUGUGUAAACAGGCUGGAUUUCUCUCAAAUUAUCACGGUAAACACGCUUCGUUCACGGUUUAUUCCAAUUUUGUCAGCUCUAUUCACAGUUCUAUACCAGUAUCAGCCUGAUUUGCUACUGGCAAGCAUGAAUCAUUCUUCUUUCUUUGGAUGGAUCACUGGCCAUUCUUUUGCUCCAGAUCUGUAUGUGUCCAUUGAUACAGUUGCGGAAUACACUGACAUGGAGGAACGCCUCAAAAUAACUAAGUUUCCUUUCUUCGAUACCUCCGACUCUAGACUUGAGAGAGGAACUCCUAAGGAGGUACAGAAGGUGAUUUGCAAAAAGAUAUAUGAGCUUCCCUCAUUUUUGAUUCUAUCGCUCACAAUGUAUGAUCUCAUGAGAAAUAAGUCGUUUCUUGAAUAUUUGACAGCUCCAGAGUCAUCCUCCAAGAUUCCGCUACUUGAUUUGUGGCUCUCUGUCUCAUCCUACAUAAGUCAGCACCAAAAGGGUUCCCAUUUCGGCAGAUACGGCGUCAAAGCAUUUCUUUUCGCUCUACUCAAAUUGACUUCUAAAAACUCACUGGCAUUGGCUAAUUUGAAAACUCGUCAAAUCAAUGAAAACGUUUGGAAGCUUUGCCAUCAAAAGGCACCAUUUGUAAGUUUAAGUGCGAAUGGGCCCAAGGUCUCUGCUUUAUUAUACUGCGUGGAUGUGCUUCAGGUGACUUUGAGAUUCAACAUAGCAAAGAACUUUAAUUUGGACAACGCAAAAUUAGCUUUGACAGCCAUGUAUCAAAUUUUGAAGGAAUGUGAAGUUCGUCCUUUCGAGGAUUUGAUCAAUCAUCAAUGGAAUGAGGUUUAUAAUACUCUUGUCCAUUUCCUUCUCUUUGUCGGAAAAAAUCGCAAUAAUGAGGAUGUGAAGUACGUAGUCGAGGAAGUAUUUGCAAUCUUCGAGCUUAUUCUCAGUCCCUCCUUUGCAAAAAUCAUUGAAAAGUCGCCGGACUAUUACAUUGUGGGAAGUCACGAUAUCAAGUCCAUGAACUAUGAUUUGUACUAUAUCUUGUUGCAUGAGUACCGUCCAAUUUUGAGUCUCUUUGAAAAGUUUAUCAUUGAUGAGUCUAACUUCAAGAGAACGCGAAGUGCAUUUGAUAGGCUUGCCAAAGAAUUUAAUUUGAACAAUAGCAAGGAAAUCGAUGAGAGUGUGGUAGUACCAACAUUAAACAGACUCUCACUUCUUAGCGAUGAUGUUGCUGAAGACACUAAUUUGGACUUAUCAAAGUUUAAUUACGCGGAAACUUUCAAAUUUUUGAAAGAAUCGGACACUGGAUGUUUUGAGGAAGAGGCAGAAUUUAUUGAUUUGCUCAUUCAUCUAUUUAGUAAAAGAUGA